AUGGACCCGUCUAGCGUAGCAGACAACACCCUGCCUAGUGAUGACCCUUCUCAGCCCACCGACGCCCCCUCUGCUGAUGCUGUCACCACGAUCACGCCCGAACUAGAGACGCAGGAAUCCGCAGUUGCUCCAGCUACCAAUGCCCCAAACACCGCUGGGCCAAGUCUGGCGGACGAUCCGAACUGGUGGGGAAACCACCUGCCGGCAUCAACAGCGCCAUACAACAGCGACGAGGAGCACGGUGUGUUCAGCGAUGAUAACGCCAAAAUUGAGCAGCCCUCUGUGGACGACGAUCCAGCUCCGACAGAGAGCACACCGGCUCCGUCUGCCACAACGCAGACUACUCGCCGUACGGGGGCGUCAUCCACUCCUCGCUGGACUCGCGAUGAGGAGUGGGAACUGGCGCUGGUCCGGACUGAACUCAAUGCCCGGCUUAUGGCCAAUGCUGGCCAGCAGGGGCGUGGUUGGUACGCGACAUUGCACGAGGAGCUGCUGCAUUGCCAUCCCGACUGGCGCCACGACCCGCCAUCGAUCAAGUCCAAGCUGCACCGGAUGCGCGACACCUACCGCCGCUGGGUCGAGAGGUCUAAUCGCAGUGGCGCAUCACGUCCCCGCAGCAUUCCCCCAUGGGUCUACCGGCAACACCGUCAACCAGCCUACCCCGAGCACGUCUACUGCACCGCCACCUGCUGUCGCGCCACCUACGGCCCCUAUGGUCGCGCCACCGCCUGCCCCCAUUGUCGCACCACCUCCUGCCCCUACGCCUACGCCUCCAGCCCCUUCUCCAACGCCCCCGGCUCCCACUGUUGUUGA